AUGGCUGAAGCUUUGGGUCUCGCGGCGAGCGUAAUCGCCGUCGUCGACAUGACUGGCAAGGUCGGCAGCGCCUCGUUCAAGCUCAUGAGGCUCUGGAACGAAGUCAAGGACGUCCCGACCAUGCUGCUCGAGAAGGCCGAACGGAUCCAAGACCUCGAGGAGUUCCUCGACGACACCGAGGACCAGAUCGCCAGGAGCCUCCUGCCCGAGGUGGUCUGCGAUAGGGGCCGCCUGCGGAAACACGUCGCCAAAGCCCGCCGUGCGCUGACCGAGAUCCAAGACUUGGUCGAUCAGUUGCAGGCCAAAGUGACUGCCGAACAGCGGGGCUUCAGGCGGAGGUUCGCGUCGACCAAAGUCCUGCUUCGAAAAGAUGAAUGGAAAGCUUUGGACCAAAAGCUCGAUUCUGCGCUCCAUCUUCUCUCCAUCGCGCAAACGCAGUAUUUGAUAACAUUCAGCUUCUAA